AUGAGAAGAAAUUACAAAUCGCUUGAAUUGAUAAAUCUUUUGAGCUCUUGGAAUUUCAACCGUAAGAUUCCCUUUGCACCUACAAUUUCUUUGAAUAAACUAGUUACUGAUUAUAUAGCAUCGGUGCACCCGAAACGAACCCUUCGACACAACUCAGCAGCACAACUUAUUGUCGUGUAUUCGCCGAAGCCAUCGAAGCUGCUUAGUCAAAGCCCUCUCCGAGAUAUCUCUUCAACACCUCUCAGGUUUCCAUGCAUCCCUCGAUAUUACAGACAUUUAAAUGCGGACACCCACCAGAAUAUCAACCAUUUACUAGUCGUGCGACAUACGAUCCUGUCUCCCCAACCUCUCUCCACAUUUGGACCUUCAAAAAUUGUCAGACUAGGCGAUAUAGCACUCGCUCGCUCUGGCGAUAAAGGCGCAAAUCUCAUCUGCUGGAUAUUCAUCCCUUCAUCCUCUAAUCCCAAACUAUGCACCUGGCUUCAGAACCAUUUCAGUCGUUCAAAAAUGCAAGAAUUGUUGGGCGAAGAAUGGAAAGAAGGAUACGUGAUUGAAAGAGUCGAGUUUCCGGCAAUAAUGGCGGUGCAUUUUGUGAUCUAUGGGUAUUUGGGGAGAGGUGUUAGUAGUAGUAGUCGGCUGGAUUGUCUGGGAAAGGGGUUUACUGAUUACUUGAGGGAUAAGUGGGUUGAGGUUCCUGUGGAGUUCUUAGGAUAG